CAAGCGCUGCCGGGCGCUGAUAGGCGGCGGCGCUGACAGGAGGCGGGGCCUCGGAGUCCGGCCGAGCCCGCCCUCGCGUAUAAGCCCCUUCUCGGCUCGCUCUCUCCAUCUCUCUCCUCUCUUUCUCUCUCGCUCCCUUCCUCCCUGUAACUGAACAGUGAAAAUUCACUGGAUCCGCUAACAGGCACAGAUGUCAUGUGAAAACGCACAUGCUCUGCCAUCCACACCGCCUUUCUUCCUUUUCUGUUUCCUCCCCCCCCCCUUGCUCCUUCUCCUUCUUCUUUGUAACUAACAAAACCACCACCAACUCCUCCUCCUGCUGCGGCUGCCCUUCCUCCUCCUCCUCAGUCCAAGUGAUCACAAAAGAAAUCUUCUGAGCCGGAGGCGGUGGCAUUUUUAAAAAGCAAGCACAUUAGAGAGAAAGAAAAAAGAAAAACAAAAGCAAAACAAAACCCAGGCACCAGCCAGACAGCACAUUUUUUUCACCCUUCCCGAAAACAAACAACCAAACAACCAUCAAAACAGUCAUCACCACCACCAUCAAAACUGUUAGCAUAGCAGCGGCGGCGGCGGCAAACGUCACCCUCCGGCCACGGCGUCCGCCUAAAGGGAUGGUUUUCUCGGCGGAGCAGCUCUUUGCCGACCACCUUCUUCACUCGUGCUGAGCAGGAUUUUUGGGCUCCGCGGUUCGGGCUGGGAGCAGCUUCAUGACUACGCGGAGCGGGAGAGCGGCCACACCAUGCGAGCACAAAUUGAAGUGAUACCAUGCAAAAUUUGUGGCGAUAAGUCCUCCGGGAUCCACUACGGAGUGAUCACGUGUGAAGGCUGCAAGGGCUUCUUCAGGAGGAGCCAGCAAAACAAUGCCUCUUAUUCCUGCCCAAGGCAGAGAAACUGUUUAAUCGACAGAACCAACAGAAACCGUUGCCAACACUGCCGACUGCAAAAGUGUCUUGCCCUGGGAAUGUCGAGAGAUGCUGUGAAGUUCGGCAGGAUGUCCAAGAAGCAGAGGGACAGCCUGUAUGCUGAGGUGCAGAAGCACCAGCAGCGGCUGCAGGAACAGCGGCAGCUGCAGAGCGGGGAGGCCGAGGCCCUGGCCAGGGUUUAUGGCGGCAGCAUCAGCAACGGCCUCAGCAGCCUCAACGGCGAGGCCGGCGGCGCCUACGCCAACGGACACGUCAUCGACCUGCCCAAGUCCGAGGGGUAUUACAGCGUGGAUUCGGGCCAGCCGUCCCCUGAUCAGUCAGGACUUGACAUGACUGGGAUCAAACAGAUAAAGCAAGAGCCCAUCUAUGACCUCACGUCCGUCCCCAACUUGUUUACCUAUAGCUCUUUCAACGGCGGGCAGCUGGCGCCAGGGAUAACGAUGCCCGAAAUCGAUCGAAUUGCACAGAACAUCAUUAAGUCCCAUCUGGAGACAUGUCAGUACACCAUGGAGGAGCUACACCAGCUGGCGUGGCAGACCCACACCUAUGAAGAAAUUAAAGCGUAUCAAAGCAAGUCCAGGGAAGCGCUAUGGCAGCAAUGCGCCAUCCAGAUCACGCACGCUAUCCAGUACGUGGUAGAGUUCGCCAAGCGGAUAACGGGCUUCAUGGAGCUCUGUCAAAAUGAUCAAAUUCUACUUCUGAAGUCAGGUUGCUUGGAAGUGGUUUUAGUGAGAAUGUGCCGUGCCUUCAACCCAUUAAACAACACUGUUCUGUUUGAAGGAAAAUAUGGAGGAAUGCAGAUGUUCAAGGCCUUAGGUUCUGAUGACCUGGUGAAUGAAGCAUUUGACUUUGCAAAGAAUUUAUGUUCCUUGCAGCUGACUGAGGAGGAGAUUGCUUUGUUCUCAUCUGCUGUUCUGAUAUCUCCAGACCGAGCCUGGCUGAUAGAACCAAGGAAGGUCCAGAAGCUUCAGGAAAAAAUUUAUUUUGCACUUCAACACGUGAUUCAGAAGAAUCACCUGGAUGAUGAGACCUUGGCAAAGUUAAUAGCCAAGAUCCCCACCAUCACGGCGGUCUGCAACUUGCACGGGGAGAAGCUGCAGGUAUUCAAACAAUCACAUCCAGACAUAGUGAAUACACUCUUUCCUCCAUUAUACAAGGAGCUCUUUAAUCCUGACUGUGCCACCGUCUGCAAAUGAAGGCGACCAGAGGAUUCUCUCCUAGUCAUGGAAUGCAUCACCAUUAAGACAAAAGCAAUGUGUUCAUGAAGACUUAAGAAAAAAUGUCUACUGCAACAUUAGGAAUGUCCUGCACUUAAUAGAAUUAUUUUUCACCGCUACAGUUUGAAGAAUGUAAAUAUGCACCUGAGUGGGGCUCUUUUAUUUGUUUGUUUUUGAAAUGACCAUAAAUAUACAAAUAGAGGACACUGGGUGUUAUCUUUUUUUUUUUUAAUUUUAUUUUAUUCGGGUAUGUUUUGGGAGACAACUGUUUAUAGAAUUUUAUUGUAGAUAUAUACGAGAACAGAGCGGUACUUUACAUGAUUACUUUUCCUGUUAAUUGUUCAAAUAUAAUUUAAGAAAAUUCCACUUAAUAGGCUUACCUAUUUCUAUGUUUUUAGAUAGUUGAUGCAUGUGUAAAUUUGUAGCUGUCUUGGAAAGCACUGUGCAUGUAUGUAAUAAGUAUAUAAUAUCUGAGAAUAUUAUAUAUGACUAUUACUUACACCUGCACAUGCACUGUGGCUUAAAAUACCAUACCCACUAGCGAAGGAGGUUCAGUCAGGCUCUCUCAUAUUAUUUCCCUUCUGUGUUAUAUGUUACCUUUAUGUUAGACAAUCAGGAUUUUGUUUUCCCAGCCAGACUUUUCAACUAUCGUCUACGGCAGGAUGGUACCAAUUCAGAGAAGUCUAUAAAGGAAUAAAUAUAACGCACAGCCUCUGUAUAAGAACUCUAGCUCUAUCAGUGACAUCAAAGCCUUGUCAGGAUGGUAAAUAUUGAGGGGGGUGGGGGGAGGUAUUUGGAAGCCAUUUUCCUGUUUUAAGAAUUAGGCCACAGAUAAUAUUGUGGAGUCCAGGACUUCUUUUAACCAAACAGUCACUGUUUCCUAUCUUUCACCAGGACACGCAAAACACUUCUUUUUUUCCUUUGGAUUUCGGGCUGGGAAAGAAACUGAUUUUGGUGCUUAUUGUAUCUUCAGCAGAGAAAUGCAGUCUGUAGGUUUGACCACCAGCAAUUUUUUUCUAAUAAAAUUAGAGUCACAGCAGAAAUCAGAACCCAGGGUCCGGAUGCCAUUUCAUGUAAACAUGUUCUCUCUAACCUGUUUUGUUUUGGUUUGGGUUUUUGGGGGGGCUUUUUGGGGUUUUCUUGUGUUGUUGUUGUUGUUUUUUGUUUUUGGCAAAGAAGAAGUAGAAAGAGCACCUACAAAGUAAAGAAGCAGUUCUUUAUGUGCAUUCUCUUUGCUAAGUUUGUUAGAAAACGCAGCAAUAAAGGGGGAGGCAGGAUUUUAUAUGUCCUUCUAGUGUGGGGCCUCUAAUUUCUCUCAACUCCAAAAUGCUGUACUGUAAGCACAGAGCAAGAACUCGACAGAUCUGAGUUAUUCUGUAGAACUAAUACACCCCAAAGCCAAAACUAUUUCCUAUGCAGUUUGACAUUGCAUCAUCCAUCUAGCGUGGGCUUACUUUUUUUUAGCAACUUGCACAAAGUACAGAAUGCAAGAGGCGAGAUGAGGUUGAGUGAAUUCAGACUUCCUAGGACAAGUGUUCCCGCUCCACCUGCUCUGCAAGCCAGCUGAGGACCAGGAAAACAGAAACCCCAAGCAGCCUGUUCGGCCUGAGCUCUGGAGGCCCAAUGCCUUGGGUCGUAGCUGACCCCAAACAAGAGUAGUUAAAAAAGGAAGCUAGAGCCGAGCUUUGUGUAAAAGACAAUGACAUGCACCAUCUCCCGUAAGCGUAAGCGUAGCCCAGCCGCGGACUCACGAGGCCCCGCCCUUUCCUCAUCAAACACGCACGCACACCUGCUUCGUAAAGUUUCCAUCAGUGGAAACUUUGAUUUCCUUUUAAUCUCUGAUGCUCUCCUAAAGUUACAUGGUCUUAAGAGCCAUCUCCGCGAUGCCACAGAACCCCUCCUUCACGAUCAGACCGUAGUGCUAGUCUUUUCUUCUAGAGGACAGAGCCUUUUCGCACCUCAUGAUUGAUGAAUUCCAAACCCAUGGGGAAAAACAAAAAGGCUUUAAAAUAAUGACUCUCUUUCUCAACUACUGUUAUAUUCAAUUAAUUUAACUACAUUGAACCAAAUUACCUUCGGUGUCUAAGAAGACAGCUGCAGACUGCAUAUUAUGCCGCUGCAGGGACUUGGUUGUUUCUGGUGUAAAUGUCACUCCUGCUAGCUCUUUGUAUAAAGAAUUAAUUCCAAGAGUCAUAUUUCCUUCUAAUGGAAAGAUUACUUUACUGAUUGCUAGGAAAACAGGGUAAUGGAAGGCGCUCAAUUAAACCAAGCCGUUUCCAAAUGCAAUGUAUGUUUUAUGAUUGGCUUGUGAUAGGCAAUGCUUAAUGUGUCUACUUGGUGUUUCCCUUUGAGCUUUGAACUUAUGUCAGACUUUGUUUUCAUUGUUCUGUUGGCCUCGUGUUUUCCGUUGUCGGCCUGUAAUUCCUGCUCCGUUGCAAAGGGAAUCAUUUGUUUCCUCCAGUCCACCUUAGAGGAUUUAAAUUGGCUCAGUUGAUGAAGUGGCUGAGAAUUUUUUCCUUCCCUGUCCCAUGGGUGAUGUAGAAAAAGGAUUGCUCCCCACAUUUGCCUCAGGAGGUCCUGGAUUUGAGUUUGUUUGCCAUUUCCACUAGUGCAAGCAUUUCACUGGGAUGGCAGGAACCUUUUGAAGCGAGGGGACAGGAAACAGCUAGCGAUUGAAUCAGAACAAAACAGUGGAAACCAGUACGUGCUCAGCCCGCCUCAGCAGAGAAGAGAGAUGUCCAUUUUGCGCCCCAGUUGCCAAAUCUGUCCCUGAAAAGAGAACCCGGGCAUAUUUUCAGUGGUAACAAAAGCCUUUAAAAGCUGCCUUUGGAACAUCUCCUAUGACCCCAUCUCAAGGUAUUUUGAAAUUUGGUAGAGGACAACUUUCUGUACCACAUGCCAUCUUUGUCCCUUCCCAACACCUUCACGCUACAAUGCGCACUGGACGAAAGAACCCGUGAGCUUCACUUCAUGCUUCGUAAAUGACAAUCACUGCUUGAUGCAGAUGUUGCACUGUAUCCACUCAGGGAUGUUUCAUUUAAAAAAAAAAAAAGUACAUCAAGGAGGAAGGGGAAAAAAAACAGGAAAAUGACAACAAAACGUAAACGGCAUAAAUUAAAUAUGCCAACAAGAGAACCUCUCUGACAAGGCUUUCAGAACAAUAAGCAGUAACUCUGUGCUGUUAACUGUGUGGACUUGCUGGAAAGUUGCACAUGAAUAAGGACAACUUGGUCUCAUUUUCUAAAAUCCGCUAAGAGCCAAAUAAUCCAGCUUCCCUAUUAAUGGGAAUAUGCAUCUCCCGAGCAAACCCAAGCUUCCUAGACAAGUCCUGAGCAGGGAAAAUACAGAAAUCUUAGGGGCGUUAGCGGACUCUGCCAAGAGAGGUACAGUUGUGUGAAUUUGAAUUCCAGUGUAUCUGUGAUCUGGAAAAGGAAAGGCAAAUUCUGGAAGGAAUAUAGAGGAAGGGAUUCCAAAUCUGGCUUGAUACGCCACACAUAUUCCUAUUGUCCACAACUUAGGUCGUCUUUGUAUCCCUUAUUCUGUGGCUUCCCCCCCUUCCCCCCAGAGAAUGAAAGCUGAGGGUAGAGAUGUACUCUACAAACAUACCCUUUCUGGAUUUCCCUCAUUUGAAUACUGUCUUCAGGGUUCUGAAAUAAAGGACCACUGUGUAGGUAUAAACAGAGAUAAUAGUGGUCUCUUGGUUAAUGUGACUUCUUGGGCAGAAUCUGUGACACCUUAAAUCACAGUGAACUCUGGACAUUAUUAGCAAGAGGUGCCAGGGAGACAUCAGGACAUUUCCUAUCAUAGCUGCCUUGUCCAACACCUAACUUCACAGCAGUCAAGCUAAAUUGUUUGUAGAAAACCACACACAUGACUAGUCAACUCACGCUCACUCUCCACAAUCCCAUGUGUACCAGGCUUGAAUGCAAAAGCGAUUCUUCUGUCCCAAGGACAACCUAAAACUUAACGAGUUUUUGAAAACAUUGGUCAGAUGCAAAUGAUGUGCGUUUUGUUGCAUGUGCUUUGUUUCCAUGUAUUAUAGAAGCAAGGAAAAAUUCCACUGCUGUUGGAAAUUAGAAAUAACUUUUUCCUGACUCUCUUCUCUCUGUAAACGUGUGCUUCCAGUGAAGUUCCUACAGUUGGCAGUAAACUCAGGCAGGGAUGCCUGUGCCCUGACAGAGCCACCGUCCGAUAGAACAGCAAUAACUUGAAAGUAUGCAUCUGUAGUGAACCUUUGCACAGAGUCCCCUGUAUCAAGAAGUUGAAAAGUCCACCAUCUGCUUUAGAUGAAGUGAUAUUUAAUUUUUUGUUUCCAACUGCCAAUAAAAGCAGCAGGCUGGUAUGGGAAACCAGGUGGGUCAUUAGACAGGAGUUGACAACCUAUUUUGUGGAAGGGCGCGAGGACAGGUCUCAGGACCCAGAGGCACAUGUUCAUUUGAAGCAAGGGUUAAAAAUUCAAAAGCCUAAAAGGGCCAGGGAGUUGAAGCAAAUGAGCGAGAGCAGUUCAGCGGCCAGCCGGCAAGGAAAUGCCCCAUCUGAAAAGGGACAUCCCAAGGCCAGCUAAAGCCCAAGUGUUGCUAACACUUCUGAAUCUUAUAAAAUCUCCCUAGUUGUAAGUGAUGUCAGUUGAUUCAGAGCUGAGGGCAGACCAAACAAAUACAUCUCUGAGAAGAGGGUCCACGGUCUGCAACCUCUGGUUUAAAGCAAAAUUGAAUCUAGGGGCCUGUUUCCUGGAGUAAGUCUGGCCAGACAGGACUCCGAAUAAAUUAGAGAGGGGGGUGGGGGUGGGUGCGGAGCUCUUGCCCACUGAUACUCAACUUGGUUUCCACAUCUGACUGUCACUCCCAGAGGAUAUAGUAAGAGUGUAGGGGGGAAAAAAAAAGGCAUCUAAAAAUGCAAGCGAUUCAAUUUAACGAUGGCUUAUGAGAGACAUUUCUAUUUGUCUUGCCCAGACUCCUAGCUUCAUAGAGCCAGGUGGCUAGGUUUCUUGCCACUUUCUUCUUGUCAAACGCAUGAUCUUUACGCUUUUGAGUCUCGAUGUGUCUCUUUGGAUACGUGGCUUCGAUAUCUGUGACACGUGUUUACUUUCCCUUAGUUGUAUCUGCAGAAUGUAUUCUGUAGUCAUGAUCACGCAGUCCUCCAUGUUCUGAAGUGCGGGACCUGGGAUUCCUAUGCAGCUGAUGGAGGUUGUCUGUUUGUGCACUUUUUGCCUAAGCUGCUGAAAAUCCUCCGAAGUGAAUUGGCCAUAGUAAUCUUUGCCUCCUGCAUGACUGUAAGCACGACCUCCAGUGGAUCAGAAAAAGCAGUUCAGUGAUUGUUCUCAUGGCCAAACUAAAGCACAAGGUGACCGGCAUUGAAUAGACCCAGUUGAGGGAGGCGCAGAGUGUCCACACCCCAGCUGGGCAGCAUGAUCCUUCUUUUAAACCCUACUCUUCUGGCGGGGGCUGGUGGAGGGCAUCUGCGUGCCUCCAUCCUGAGCACAUGCACACACACGUUAGGUAUGUCUGAAAAGCUACAGAUCGCACAUCCAAGCACAGUACUGUCUGCUUCAUUUGAGGAACACACACACACACACACACACACACAGAGUGCAAACUACACCCACAGAAAACUGAGUAUGUAUUGUAGAAAUGUAGAGGAAAAAUAAAAAUAUUUUUUCAAAUGUAAUUACUUUUAAUAUAUGCUUGUGGAAGGUCUAAUACAAUGUAUGCUGUCUCUGUAAUUUUUGCUGUAAAUAACUGGAGACAGUGAAUACACUGAUUUUUCUAUGUCUCUGUUUAAGCUUAAGACUUUGUAACAAUUUUUUUAGAGGGGGAAAACCAACAAAGAGCAAAUAUGUACUUGCUUCCUUUCUGCGUAUUCUGCGUGUUAUGUACUUUUCAGAAACUGGUUGUUAACCGUUUAAGCAUCUUGACGGGUCAUUGGUGUUAAGUGUAUGCUUCUUUUUGUAAUACAGCUGAGAAAGGGACAGGGCUGUCCAUUAAAUCUGCUCCAAAGAAUUUGUACUGAAGACCGGCCCAAGACCUGCAAACACUAUCUGAACUAGACAAUGUGAGGAAAGAAAGUUUAAAAAAAAAAAAAGUUGCCUCAGUAAGUCAUCUUUCCUUAUAGCAAGUGGCUUUGUCCAGAUCCUUUCUGCAUGGACUAGCUUAAGGAACAGAAACCCUGCUUUCUGAUGAACAAACUAUUUUUGUACAUGUUGAUUUCUUAUGAAUAACCUGAGGUCAGAUCACUCAUUCGCUGAAGCCAUAACUGACCUUCACCAAAUAAAUGUUGUGAAGAACCUGGGGGAGGGUUGGGGAGACACGGAGAGGGAGGAAGAUCGAAGGUGUCAUGAGCUGUAACCACACAGGCAGGAGCAAGUCUGAUGAACCUGAUGCUUUUCCUGCAUCCCAAAUAUGACUUUAAAAGGCUAGUAUUUUAUGAUGAUCGAUUUAUAAUAAAAAAAAAAGAUAUUUAGAUUUAAAUGAGACUUUCCAAUAUUUUUUAAAUCCCUGACAAUGCUUCCCUGCUUUUAGGAUUGAGAGAAACGAUUUUCAUCUACUUCCCACAUUCAGAGAUUUGAUUUUUAUGUUAGCUCCAGCCUACACGUGUAAAGUGAAAAACGACUGCAAGUCCUCCAGCAGUUGGAACCAUGGGCUGCCAGGGGGCUCGGCUGCGCCUCCCAAACAGGAUGCACCUAGAGGGGCCACCGUGAAGCGCAGUUGAUACGUCUUAUUAGCAUGCACACCACGGUUGGCAAUGCACAAACGUUGCACUGCCAAACACAUGUAAAAUAAAAGUAUUCACUCUAAGACGCAUAAUAAUUAUACUUUUUUAAAAGAAUAAUGCCUCCUAUAGUCACCAUUGAUUUUUCUGGAGCUUAAUCACAUUAUUACCAUGUAUUAUUAUUGGCCUAUAGAGGCAAAAGGCAAACUACAAAUAAACCCCGUGACAUCUAGUUUUAAAAUCUACAAUUUUCUGAUCUCUCUCUCCUUGUUUAAUAUAUAAGCCCUAAUUUCUGUGUACGUGAGUAAAACUGCAGCCUGAGUCAUUUAGGAAGUAAGCAUUGAGUUGUUUUUUUUAAUUAUUAUUAUAAAUAUACUAGAAUAAAACAGCACUCCCUAACAACUAAAAAAAAGAGUUUUAUAUUACUUUAGAAUGUAAUAGGUUUUUGUCCUUAUUUUAUGUCCUGUAAAUUAUUAGUUGAAUACUGUUAGCAUUCCCAGAUAAUGCACACAUGAUUUCUGAAUGUUUUCUGUAAAUGACAAUCAAUGUUUAUGAAGUUCCCUCCUUUAAUGCUGAACAAAAUUAA